AUGUACCCGGUGAAGUUCUCAAAUUUAAUUAAAGACAAAGAUGAACUGUAUGCUAAAGUAAAACAAGCAUAUGUUGAUGUGAACAUACCAGCAGUUUAUCCAGCAGCAAAUAAACAAUUACAACAACGACUUAGUGACUUCGUUUCUAAAGGUCUUACUGAUGAACAAUCGAUGUUAUUAUUUGACAAAGUUAAUUCUAAUCGUGUUUAUGCUUUGGAGAAACAUGAAAACUUGAUCAGAUUAAUUAUGCUAAUAAAAGAAAAAGAUGAAACAAGUAUGUUAUUAUGGGGAAAUAAAGGAUCACAAAGAAAAAUGUUUCCAAUUAUAGAAAAACUUAUUGUAUUACCUAUUGAUGAAGAAAUUAAAGUUGUCGUCUCGUCAUUUAUUCAUAUAUAUGAACAAACUGGUUUUAUUGAAUCAUCUCCUAAAUGCUAUGAACGACUACAUAAUAUUUAUGCUAUUUCGAAUAAAAGAAUUCGAAUUGUACAACGUACAUUAGCUAAAUUUAUUGUUUCACCUUCUGUUAAUGAUGAAAAUGAAAAUGAAAAAACUGAAGAUGAUACAAGUCGAGAUGAUAAAAUUGAAUAUGAUAAAAGUAAUGAUGAAACAAUUGAUGUUGAUGAAAAUCAUGAUGAAAAAAUAAAACAUGAUAAAAGUCAUGAUGGUAAAAUAAAAUAUGAUAAAAGUAAUGAUGAAACAAUUGAAAUUGAUGAAAAUCAUGAUGAAAAAAUUAGAUAUGAUAAAAGUCAUGAUGAUAAAAUUGAAUAUGAUAAAAGUAAUGAUGAAGCAGUUGAAGAUGAUGACAAAAAAUGUUAUAAGCAACAUAGGAAUGUGCUUAAAGUUAAUCAAAUUGGAAACGUUCAUAUUUCGUCACCUUCAACAUCUCAUGUAUCGAUUAAUACACGUUCAAAAACGAAAUUAUGCAAAAACCAAAAUAUUCGAUCAUCUGAAAGUGAUUUUGAAGCUGAUAAAAGAAAAAAAAUGAAACGUAGAAAAUAUUGA